CCAAACCAAAGUAAACCAGCCCAGCUAAGGUUGGGAGGCUAGUCUGUUUGUACCUUUGCAUGUUGAGUAAGUCGUCCAUUUCUGCACGGCAAUAUGCUUAGAGCCUUCCUGCCAACUACUUGCUUUAAGAUCUUGAAAUCUGUCAACAUGAGCAACCAGGCUGCUGGAACUUUCAGAAGCAAUCAGGGGCCGUUACAGAACAAAGUAGCCCUGGUGACUGCCUCCACUGAUGGGAUCGGCUUUGCCAUUGCUCAGCGUCUGGCCCGUGAUGGGGCCCAUGUGAUCGUGAGCAGCCGAAAGCAGAAGAACGUGGAUCAAGCUGUGGCAGCGCUCCAGAAGGAGGGGCUGAGUGUGACGGGCACCGUGUGCCAUGUGGCAAAGGCCGAGGAUCGAAAACAACUGGUGGCCACGGCUAUAGACCGUCAUGGAGGUAUUGACAUUUUGGUUUCCAAUGCUGCUGCAAACCCCUACUUUGGCAACCUGGUGGACGCCAGUGAGGAGAUAUGGGACAAGACUCUGGAUGUUAAUGUGAAGGCCACAGCCCUGCUAAUGAAUGCGGUGGUGCCAGAGAUGAAGAAGCAAGGAGGUGGCUCAGUGGUGAUUGUGUCCUCAAUUGCUGCCUUCACGCCCAGCAAGUUCCUGGGCCCCUAUAAUGUUAGCAAAACAGCCCUGCUGGCACUCACCAAGAACUUUGCUUCUGAGUUGGAACCAAUGGGCAUUAGAGUGAACUGCCUGGCACCAGGCCUCAUCAAGACCAACUUCAGCUCCAUGUUCUGGGAAAACGAGGCUAACGAGACCCAGAUUAAGAAAGCCCUGAAUAUAUCCAGGAUGGGCGAGCCUCAUGAAUGUGCAGGCGUCGUGUCUUUCCUGUGUUCACCGGAUGCUAGCUACAUCACAGGAGAAACUAUAGUAGUAGCUGGAGGGGCUCCUUCCCGUCUUUGAUGAGCCUGGGAAGAACACCCUGAGAUUCUAGAAGCUAUCUAUAAUGAAGAGAAGCCUCAAGAUUGGACCUCGACUUCUGAAUUCCUCGACUUAUCUCCUCUAACCUUGCCCAUCCCACUGGCUUCCCUGGAAUAAAAAAAGGCCUAUGUAAGCAGCUAGGGAACCCCCUCUUUGCCACAUAUGGGCAUAAAAGUCUGUCCUUAAGGAAAUCUGUCCUGCAUAAAACUACAUGAGAUACGAAGGUAGGAGUGAACUACUCAUUUUUCUAGACCAAAUGUACCCAGCUACUUUUUCCAAAACUAAACAGAGCUGGAGGAUAGAGGGAGUGAAGGAGUGAGGACUGAGACUAGGACCAGGCCAGGGAAGAGAAAAGAGACUUAGAAAUACUAGAGGUAGGAGGGAAAGGCAUGGGGAGAUAUGGAGAAAGGGUCAAAUCUCUGGUUUCUGUGCCAUUAAAAAUAAAAUUAACUUGCAAAUAACAUGCAAAUGA